ACACGUACGUUCAAACAUCAGCUUCCACUCAUGUUCCUAUCUCACUGCAUACAGCUUCCAUAAUUACCUUUCUUGUACAUAGAAUAACCCUGUAAAGGUGUUUUGGAUGUUAACAGUACUUGUGAUGGAUAUUACUGUAUUCUAAUUGUCUGUGUGGUGUUGUGUCUGUGUGUGUCUACCAUGUCACGUGUGAUGCUGAUUCUGAUGCUGACUCUGAUGCUGAUUCUGCUGAGUGUCUGUGGCGUGCUGGCGGACUGGAACGAGGGCGAUGAUGACCCAGGAGCUAUGGAGGAGGUGAGCGCAGUGUUGGGCCGAGGUGCUGAGCUGCCAUGCAACAUCAAGCCCAGUGGCCGCGAGGACAGAGUCUACAUGGUCCUGUGGUUCAGAGAGGGAGCGGGCAAACCGCUUUACAGGUAUGACGUUAGAGGCCGUUCGUUCAGCGACGCCGUCAUGUGGUCCGACGCGAACGCUUUUGGUCCCAGAGCGUUCUUCGUGACCGGCAAACAGCCGGCCGCUGCCUUACAGCUGGACGCCGUACAACUCAAGGACGCCGGUGUCUACCGCUGCAGAGUGGACUUUAGGAACUCUCCUACUAGGAACUUCCAAGUCAAGCUCACUGUCAUAGUGCCUCCGCACCACCUGCUGAUGUAUGAUAACUCUGGGAGAGAGAUCGGUGAGGGAGUUGUGGGACCCCUCAAGGAGGGCGACGAUCUUGUUCUCAAGUGUGAAGUCAGGGGAGGUAACCCAGCUCCCACGGUGUCCUGGUUUAUCAACGACAAGAUAGUGACGGAUGGCAAGGUGGAGAGAGUUGGAGAGAAUGUUAUAGUCAACAGGCUGGAGGUUGCCAAGCUGAGGAGAGAUCAACUCAACACUACAUUCAAGUGUCAGGCCAGCAACACCAAGCUUAUGCAGCCUACAGAGAAGACGGUCCGUCUAGAGAUGUUCUUGAAGCCUGUGUCUGCAUCCAUCAUCACCAAGCCCGUGGAGUUGGUAGCCUACGAAACAUACAACUUGACAUGCGAGGUGUCGGGUUCUAGACCUACCGCUGACGUCACUUGGUAUAGAGAGGGCCGCAAGUUCAAAAGGGGCAAGGUCGACCAGGAUGCCAAUGAGACGGUGGUACAGAGCACAGUGCUGUUCACCACAGCCCCUGAGGACGACGGCCAUAUACUCAAGUGUCAGGCCAACAACCCCAAAAUGGAGGGUUCGGGAGUCGAGGAUGCCAUCACGCUCAACAUAGUCUAUCCUCCUAUAGUCACGCUGCAGCUAGGCACGUCACUGAAGCCUCAUCAGAUCAAGGAGGGAGAUGACGUCUACUUCGAGUGCAACAUCAAGUCCAACCCCAGAGAACACAAGAUAUCGUGGCAUCAUAACGGCCAGGUGCUGACGCAGAACAUGUCUAGUGGUGUCAUCUUCAGCACACACAGUCUAGUGCUGCAGGGGGUGACUCGUCAUCACGCCGGCAGCUACACGUGUGCCGCUGUCAACGCUAAGGGCGAGACUACUAGCGAGCCCGUCUGGCUCAGAGUGCAAUUCGCACCAGUGUGUCGACUAGACGAGCCUACCAUUGUCGGGGCCUCUAUAGACGAGGUGCUGCGGGUGCGGUGUGAGGUACAGGCCGACCCCAGUGACGUCAGCUUCGUAUGGCAGUUCAACAACAGCGGGGAGAGUUUUGAGGUUCCUCCAGAGAAGUACGCCACAAGUAACGGCAGCACCAGUGAGUUCCGCUACACGCCUACCUCCGAGCGGGACUAUGGCACCCUCACGUGUUGGGGGAAGAACAACAUCGGUCGUCAGGUGGAGCCCUGCGUGUAUCAGCUCGUCCCAGCCUCCAAGCCGAGCUCUCUACGCAACUGCACUCUCCGCUCCACUGUCAACACUACAGGUGACUGGCUGGAGGUGGAGUGUGUGUCUGGGUUUGACGGUGGAAUGCCACAAUCCUUUCAUCUUGUGGCUAUUGAUCCUUCCUCCAACCAGGUGAGACUGAACCUCACAACGUCCGUGGUGCCGAUGUUCCGGGUAGAUCUCGCCGCUCUACAGGCCACCACACUGCAGCUGGUCAUGUAUGCGGCCAACCAGAAGGGCCAAAGUGAACCUGUUGUUUUGGAGGACAUCGCAGUACGUGACGCAGAGAAACGUACGGAAUGGGUCAGUAGUGGAGUACACAGCAUCAGCCUGAGCAGCUUGACCGUGCUGCUCGGGGGAGUGUUGUGUGGGGUGGCGACUGCUGUGCUGAUAGUGAUAGUGCUGGUGAUGUCACGGCGACGUCAGCAGCCACAACACCUACACGAGAUGAGUGUCAAACAGCUGGAGCUGAGCCACCCUCACAGUGACCAGCAGCGAUAUGUCGUCUCAUACCAGCUCAAGCCAGAGACCAAACAGCCCGAUAUUCUAUCGAGAUUAUCGGACGAGCCUCAAGAGAGAGAUGCUCCUUCGAUACCUUACAACAACGGACCAAGUGUGAUGGCUACUUUUAUGUCGCCAUGUACCAGUCCCACAUGUUCGCUACGGUCGGCGGGGUCCGGGACUCUGCCCCUGCGGCCCACGACGAUAGGCUUCCCUCACAGCUCUUCGCCCCCGUUGCCGCCUGCCCCGCCCCACGUCCUCGGUAUGAACGGCACCCUCCGUGCCAAGGAACACCAUGUCCUAUCAAACUCCAUCCCCGGACCAGAGAGCUGCGUAUGAACCGCAGCGCUCCGUUAGACACACCAACAAUCAAAUAAUUUAGCUACAUUAAGUUCCAUCUAAAAUUACAUGUCAUAAAAUUUCUUAUUUCUAUCUUUAGAUUUCAAUAAUAAAUUAAAACUUUUUACAACAUAUAAUUUAUUCAUCUUAUCUAAUAAGGACGCUGGUCAAUAGUAAAUGAUUCUUGGUUUAUUCAUAAAAAAAUUGUAAACCUAACAACAAUGUAUCAAUAAAAUAAAUAAACAUAAGCAACAAAAUGGUAUUACAUGUCUGUUCUAACAAUUAAUUGUGUUUCCAAUCAAUAUUGUGAUAAUAGGCUAAAAGGUUUAAUCCCCGUUAACUAGAUUUCUAAUGCAAAUACAAUAUUUCAAUUAGUUGACAAAUGUUCAUCGCUUGUGCCGAAAACAAUUAUUGUAUCAGGAUAUGAAAAAGUGUAUUAUAGCUAAUAAAGGCCAAGUACUGUUUAAAAGUAUGUAAUAUAAUAAAGUUGUUUUAAAAAUGUACUACCAUUGAAAGCAAAUGCAUCUUAAUCAUAAAUUUCGAUGUUUAUAAAACAUUAUCAGUAAAAUGAAUUUAUCAAACAAAAUAUUAUUUGAAAACCAUAAUAUAAAACGCAUUACAAUUUGAACUCCUGCAUUUACAGGACUAAAAGUAGUCAGACUGAUUUUGUAAUGGUGAUUAAAACCGUUAGUUUGGACCAAAUAUUUCCAAUAAUGACAUUGAAAAGCCAUUCUUGGUCAUUCAUGUUAUAUAGUUUUAGUUUACAAAUUUAUUACUUCUUGAACAUAUUCUUUGUGAAUAAUACAUUUCUGCUCCACUGACUGUUGACUAUUUUCACAUAUCCAUAUCAAUAAACCACAUUUUCCUUUGCAAUACAUGUGUGUAUAUAGAUAAUGAAUGGAACUUAAGCUACAAGGUUUUUGUAAAACUAGUCAAUGUGUUCAUUUGUUUAUACAUUUCCUUCAUGUUACACAACGACAAUAUUAAUGAAUAAAUGUUUUGCCUCAUUAGAAUCUUUUUUAAAGAAAGUUUUUAAUAAUUGUAGAUGUGCCUUUAGUGGGUUCCAUUGUACUUUAUCUGCUAUGAAAACUUUUCAACAUCGUUUAUAGUUUUAAUGAAAGGGUGUAUUUUUUUAAACUUCGUUUUACCUGUUGGUUUAUUAAAACAGUUAGUUUAUUUAUUGUUUUCUCAAUUUGAGAGGAUAACUGAAUGUGGAAUAUACCUUAAUGGGAUAUACCAUAAGUAUAAGUGUCCUUUUAAACACGAAUACGUGCAAAUUAAGUCAACUGUAGCCUAUAUUCUUAUGUUAACGACUGUAUUUAGAAAAAUUUUAUUCCGUUUACAGAUGUAAAACACAUAGUAUAAUUUACAAGAAUUACUGAUUAUUAAUGAUUACCUAAUUCGAGAAUGGGUGAUUAGUUUGUUAAUGAAUUCUU